CGUUACGCUACCUCUGCGUCCUAAUUCCUAUCCAUCUUAAGACCAAAAUAAAUAAAAAAACACUUUGCUAAUUUUUUCUGCGAUCCAUUUCUCAACUCUCCCGUCUUCCGUCCAUUCCCUCCGCUGGUCUUCUCUCUCUGUGCGUGUUCGGGGUUAGGGUUUAUUUGUUGACCUUGACCCAAGAAGCGAUGGGGCAGCAAUCGCUGAUCUACAGCUUCGUCGCUCGGGGAACGGUGGUCCUGGCGGAGUUCACAGAGUUCACCGGCAACUUCACCAGCAUAGCCGCUCAGUGCCUCCAGAAACUCCCCGCUUCCAACAACAAGUUCACUUACAACUGCGAUGGCCACACCUUCAACUAUCUCGUCGACAACGGCUUCACCUAUUGUGUGGUCGCUGUGGAGUCUAUCGGGCGACAGGUUCCGAUUGCUUUCCUUGAGAGGAUUAAGGAGGACUUCACUAAGAGAUAUGGUGGAGGAAAAGCUGCAACAGCAGUUGCCCAAAGCCUGAACAAAGAAUAUGGGCCCAAGUUGAAGGAGCAGAUGCAAUACUGUGUGGAUAACCCAGAAGAGGUUAGCAAACUUGCUAAGGUGAAAGCUCAGGUUUCUGAAGUUAAAGGAGUUAUGAUGGACAACAUAGAAAAGGUACUUGACCGUGGGGAGAAAAUUGAGCUUCUCGUUGACAAAACCGAAAACCUUAGAUCUCAGGCUCAAGAUUUCAGGCAGCAAGGGACCAAGAUGAGGAGGAAGAUGUGGCUGCAGAACAUGAAGAUUAAGCUGAUAGUGCUGGGGAUCAUAAUCGCAUUGAUUCUCAUCAUAGUAUUAUCUGUUUGCGGCGGUUUCAAAUGUCAUUAGUAUCAGUUUCUGCUGCCAUGUUCGUUACGAGGGCUACCAUAUCCCUUAACUUGCGCUUGUACAGUCUUUCCCAACCUUUUUUUUUAAGUUUCAGAAUUCAUUGUAACGUUUCUUUGAGAGUGGAUGCUCGUGAUCGUCCGUGUUGUUUGCCCCGUUUUGAUUGAUGAAUCGUAAUCUCCUACUUGAAUUGCCCAGAAGGAGCUGGAUCGUCCUG